AUGUCAGUGGACUUGCUGAGGGAAUCUUGUAUUUGGGGUAAGCUAGACUUACAUGUGCCAGACUCAUGGAAUAUUUGGUACAAACAAAAGGGCAAGACUUGGUCAAAUGGUAAAAAAGAAAUUUUGAGUGAAGAUGAUGUAAAGGGCUUUUUGGAGACAAAGACAAAGAAUGGGUUUGUUGUAGUGUAUUGUACUAGCCAAGUACCCAGUAUUGUACAACCCACCCAAAACAGAAAAACCAAAGCUGAUAAGCCCACUGAACUUAGGAAAAGCCCUAGGUUUAAGCUGAAUGUGGAAAAUACAGAUAAGGUUGUAGAUCAGACUGAAGAGGGAGGUCCAUAUGAGACUGUGACAGGGAAGAAAUCAUCAAGGAAGAGAUUGUUCUCUGAGAGUGUUAAAGGGAAGAAGAAGCAAGGGGAACAGGAAGGUAAUUCUGGGAGAAAUACAGUGAAGGGAAAGGGAAAGUGUACAACCAAGGGUAGGAGGAAGAAGAAGACAGGGAGGGAGGUUGAGUUGGAAACAGAAGCUGGAUCUGGCUCCUCCAGCUCUGAUUGUUAUGACACUGACCCUGAUUGGGAUAUAGGGGAAGAGAAGGGGUUAGAUGAGGAUGCUGAACUUGAAGAAAAUGUGAACAACACUAUUCAGAACAUAAUUCAAGAGAGAGAGUUUAGUUCUGAUUCAGAGGAGUUGGAUAGCCCUAAGUGUUCUGAUGAUGAAGAAGACAAGUACCCAUGGUUUCAUGCCUCAACAGACUUCAAGAAACCAAUAGUCUUGGUGAAAGGACAGAAGUUUAUCAACAGUAAACUGCUUAGGAGAGCAUUGAGGGUUCAUGCAGUUGAGAAUAGAUAUGAAUAUUGGUACUUGCACAAUGACAGCAGCAAGUUAACCAUCCACUGCAGGAGGAGAUGUCAGUGUAAAUGGAAUGUAAAAAAGUGUAGGUUGCCUAAGUGUACUUGUGUUGGAGGGAGGAGAUGCCAUUUUAAGGUGGUUGCUAGGAGAUCUGUCAACCAAGAUUUUUGGCAGAUUAAGAAUGUGAAUCUUAAGCAUAGGUGUGUAAGGGUAAAAAGAAAUCUCAAUCUUACUGCUGAAUUUCUAGCUGAGAAGUACAUUGAGGAUUGGAGAAGUGAUCCAGGGUGGAAGCUAAAGGGAUUCAUUAGGAGGGUGUUAACUGAUCUUGGCAUAGAAAUUACUUAUAGCAAAGCUUGGAUGUCAAGGGCAAGAGCAAAGCUAAUGAUCUAUGGUUCAGCAGCACAACAGUAUGCCAGAGUUUGGGACUAUGGAAAGGCUCUCAUGAAGUAUAACCCUGGGACACAAUGUAAUGUUGUUAUUGAUGGGAUUGAGAAACCUGAGCCCCCAUUAUUCCUUAGGAUGUUUGUUUGCCUAGCUCCUUUGGCAAAGGGAUUUUUGUCUGGUUGUAGACCCUUAAUAGGGGUUGAUGGAUGUCAUCUCAAGGGUCCAUACCCAGGGCAGAUACUUGUUGCAGUAGGGAAGGAUGGCAACAACAAUAUUUAUCCUAUUGCAUGGGCUACCUGUGAAAUAGAGAACACAGAGACAUGGGUGUGGUUCCUAGAGAGCCUAAUGAAGUCCUUAAAAGAUGAAAAUGAAGGGCUUGGGUUCACCUUUAUGUCAGACAGACAAAAGGGGUUGUUAGAAGCUUUCCAGCAGGUAGUCCCUAAUGCAGACACAAGGUAUUGUGUCAGACACAUUUGGGCCAACUUCAAGUUGCAGUUUAGUGGAGCAACAUUCAAAGAGCUAUUUUGGGCAGAAGCUAGGGCUACAACACAGUUUGAUUUUGAAGUGGCAAUAGAGUCAAUAAGGUUCUUGUCUGAGGAUGCACUUGAAUACCUAGCUGACAUCCUAGUUGAGCAUUGGUCUAGACAUGCUUUUAGUUCAUUCCCAAAGUCAAACAUGUUGCUUAACAAUGUUUGUGAGACUUUCAAUGCUGUGAUCAAAGAAGCUAGGGAUAAGCCCAUAUUGACUCAGAUGGAGUGGCUUAGGAGGUAUAUGAUGAAAAGAAACAAUGAUAAAUGGGAAAGUUAUGAAAAAAUGGAGGGAAAAGUAGUUCCAUAUGUAAGAAAGGCAUUCCAAAGGAUAGAACCAGUAGCUAGGCAUUGCAUUGUGCAAGUAUCUAGAGGUGACACUUAUGAAGUAGAGCUUAAUUCUGACAUAGUUAAAGUGGACCUAAGCAAAGGUACUUUCACUUGCUAUCAUUGGGAGCUAACUGGUAUCCCUUGUGUCCAUGCAUAUGCAUGCAUCAUGGACAAAAGGGCAGACCCUGAAGAGUAUGUGGACAGUGCUUACUUUGUGUCCACAUACAUGUUAGCAUACAGGUAUGAGGUUGCACCUAUGCCUGGUCCAAACCAUUGGGAGAAGGUGAAGCUAAGGGAGCCACUACCACCAGCCAUCAAAGUACAGCCUGGGAGGCCUAAGAGUAAGAAAAGAAAGCUGGAACAGGGAGAAAUUGUGGGGCAGAGCCAGCAAGAAGAGAAACCAGUCAAGAGAAGGGCAACAUGUAAGAAUUGUGGCCAGCUUUGA